UGGUUGGCUGGUUGUUUGAUGGACUCAAUGACUGGGGGCUUCGUCGGUGCUUGGCAAAGUUGAUUCAGUUUCAAUUGAGUAUCCGUCGUGUAACAACGUCGCAACGGUGGCAAAGCGCGUCAAUGUGCAACAAACCGGAAUUCUAUUAAAGGACCGUCAGUGGUUUGUGUACGAGCACGAAAGCAAAAAAAUACAACAACAAAAACAUACACACUAAGUGUUUAUAACAAAAAAACUAAACAAAUAUGUUUAUUUGUUAAAUAAAAAACAGAAAAAAACUAUUGUGCUGCUGUAACAAAACUGAUAUAAAAAUGUUGCAGUAUUGCCAGUGAACAAAAAAAAAUAAAGAUACAUAUGUACAUUUCAUGCGAUUCUCAACGCUUUCGUGCCAAUAUGUUUUAUUAAAAACUUUUUUAAAAGUGCUGUGUAUUAACUAAAUAAUUGCUGUGCAUAUUUCCUUUGCCUUACAAUUUGACUUUGCUUCAGCAUCGCUUGCAACAUGAGUUUACCCACCGGCGUGGAUAUGCAGAAUCUAAUGUCGCAGCAUCCAGUUUUAGGCGCCUUGCCGCCCGCCUUCUUUCUGCGCGCCGCCUCUGAGCGCUACCAGCGGACACCGAAAUGUGCGCGCUGUCGCAAUCAUGGCGUGGUUAGCGCCCUCAAAGGACACAAGCGUUAUUGCCGUUGGCGUGAUUGUGUUUGUGCGAAAUGCACUUUGAUUGCGGAGCGACAACGCGUUAUGGCCGCACAGGUACGCAUUAAGGUCGAUUCACAACUAACAGCACGGAACGAUGCGUUACAAUACUUUAGAAACUGCUAUCAAGUUGCGUUGCGUCGCCAGCAAGCGCAAGAGGAGAACGAGGCGCGCGAAUUGGGCCUACUCUACACCAACGUGCCGCCGGGCCAGUCGAAUGGCGUGGAUGGCGGUGGCGGUGGCGGAGGCGGCGGUGUGGUCACACCAAAUCAGCACAGUCCCGCGCCACCGAUGACCAAUGCAGCCGCCUUUCAUCCCGGCAUACCGUCACCGCCCAGCGACGGCCUGGACACCAGCAACGGUCAGCGCAUACAGUAUAACGGCAAUGAAUCAGACACGGAUGUGCGUAUGCGUUCGUCGGAGCGGCUGUCGAUGGGCUAUUCGCCGGAUCGCAGCACCGAAGUGGAGAGCCCAGGUUCGAAACGCGCACGCCUCUCCAACGAGACCGAUCAAGACACCGGUUCCGAGUCAUCGCCCAGCAGUCCGCGCAUGAAGUCCCGCAACUACCAUGACAGCGGCAAUCUUUCGCCCACACGCACCGGACCGCCCAGCUCGCCAGAAUCCGAUCUGGAUGUGGACUCGGCGCCCGAUGAGGCGACACCCGAGAAUCUCAGCCUGAAAAAGGAGGACUCCACUUCGCCACCAAACACGCCCACUGAUAAUUUGCAUUUGCUGCGCACAUUCAACAACGGCGCCGCACAAGGUUUCAUACCAUAUCAUCACACGCAGUUCCUUGCCGCCGCCAUGCCUGCUGCUGCCGCCGCUGCCGCUGCCGGCGUCGGUGUACAUCCACAUAAUCAGCAUUCACCGCACGCACAACAUCAUCAGCAUCAACAUCAUGCAGCGCAUCAACAGCAACAACAACAACAACAACAACAGCAGCAGCAACAGCAGCAUGCGCUGCCACUCGCAAUGAUGCAACAACAAAUACAAGCUGCACAACCACAACAACGUUCACCCGUCGAUGUGCUGUUGCGCGUCUUUCCCAACCGUCGUCGCAGCGAUGUCGAACAGUUGCUGGCGCGCUAUCGCGGUGACGUGCUCCAAGCCAUGGAGGCUAUGCUGUCCGGCGAAGACAUGACGCAGGCGCUUGCUUCGGCCGCAGUAGCGGCUGCCGCUGCAUCGGCCGCGGCAUCACCACCGAACGUGCCGCCGUCACCGCCAUUCCCGCUCAAGUCGGCCUUCUCACCGCUGGUGCCACCCGCUGCAGUGUUCGGCUCGCCAACCCAUCGCUACCCGCCCUUCAUGCAGGCGCACGCGAAACGCUUCCUCGCCGGCCCGUAUGCGGGCGCCGCGUACUUGCCCGGUGUGCUGCCGCCCGAUGUGAUCGAUCAAGCGGAGUCGAAUGGCGGCGCGUCGAUGGAUCGCAAUAGCAAUGCUGGCGACUCGCAAGAUUGAAAAAGCUGCUGCAAGCAGUGCCCAUUGGGUGUGAGUAAUAUGUUCAGGCCGUAUGUGUAGCGUGUAUUCCGAGAGGCGCCUGUGGCCUGCUCUCGCACUGCUGCACAUCGCUUCGCUGAGGUGAUUUCAUUCCGUGUAUAUAUGUUGUCGUUGUAAAUAGUGGUAAAUUCAAAUUACGUAAAUCAUAACUAGGAAAUAACCGUUAUAUAUAGUGCAUGCAUACAAAUUUACACUUGUAUAUACAUAUGUGUGUGUGUAUAUCCAUUUUAACCAGUGUUAACCAAAAGUGUAAGCAUUUCAUUCAAAAUUCGUAACAUAUACAUACAUGUGUAUAUGCAUAUAUAUGUAUGUAUGUAUAUACAGUUACGCAUAUAUUCUUUUAGUAUUUAAGUUCUACCUUUUAAGCAACGUUCUUUGUAUCCUAGAUAAACUUGAAGCACUAGUUAAACCAAUAACAAAAUAUUGAUUUAUAUAAUAAAUAUUAUUGUGCGUCGUUAAAAAAAUCUUUGCGCAUAUACAAUAUGUAUGUAUGUAUGUACAUACAUGCAUAUAUGUAUACAUACGAAAUGUAUAGCGUAAAACUAUCGAUAAAAUUUAAAGGAAGUGAACGAGAUAUAAAAUUAAUUGUAGCUUUUAGUUAUAAGCAAAAUUAUUAUCUACCAUAAACUAUAUACAAAUACUGUGU